UCACCCUGAGGAUAAAGUGAUGUGCACGCUGCGUUCACACGUCAGGCUGCCAGGAUGAAGUCCACGAACAGCGAACCCACCGAAGGCUUCGCUUCCGACCCAGACGAGUGGGACAGCGAGAGCGAUGGCUCGGACAGCAAGUCUACCGGUGCCUGCAGCCCACGCCGCGGAGAGGAGCCGGAACGGGCCACGCGGAGGAAAAGGCGGAGACGCGGCAGAGAGGCGCCGCGUCUGCCUGGUGUGAGUAAACAGAGGCAGGCGGCCAAUGCGCGUGAGCGCGACAGGACGCACAGCGUCAACACGGCCUUCAGCACCCUGCGCACGCUCAUCCCCACCGAGCCUGCCGACAGGAAGCUCUCCAAGGUGGAGACGCUGCGUCUGGCGUGCAGCUACAUCUCACACCUCGCUAACGUGCUAAUGCUGGGGGAGGAAAGCCGCGACGGGCAACCGUGCCUUCGCCACCAGGACGUCGCGCACGGCCCCGUGCAGUGGAGCGCGCCGCCGCUGCGGGCAAUCUGCACCUUUUGUCUCAGCAACCAGAGGAAGCAGCAGCUGAGAGACAGUGGGAAGCGUUCAACUAAAGUGUAAAGCCUCUGACCCACAUGGAGCAGUCGCACAAGUUUACAUUUGUACAUAACUAUAUUUAUUAACUACAUUUAGAAAUGUGAGGAAAAAAGAAAAUCAACACUGGAAAGCACUUUGUGUUGCCAUCAUUUGUGCCUGUCAAGCAACCUGUGUUUUGGUUGAACUGCAACAUGAGCCCGUGUGUAAGGUUGCACUAUUUUGGUCCCAGCAAACCCCCGAAGCAGCUACGGCUGCAACGAGUACAAUUUGAUCAAAUCCCCGUAAUGUUGACUUUUGCACAAAACCUUACUUUGACUGGCACGCAUAUUUCAAACAGAUGUGUAACCCUCCUACAAAAUGUUGCACUACCUCAAACUUGUUUACCUCAACAUCAAAUGUGUAACAUUAAUGUAUUGUGUCACACAGCAACUAUUUUUCUGCAAAAUAAAUAUUUUUGUACCAUAAACAAGUGUCAUCAUUCAGCUGGCAUGUUGCAUGAGUUGGGAGAAAACUUUGAAUUUCCUCACAUUGCGUAUGUUGCUCAUCUCCAUCAGAAUGUUCCUUUGGUCGACUCAAAACACACGGCAUCGUUUCAUAAGCUUUAUUUCAUAAAAAAGUCAAUUGGUUUACAUCAGAUUAACGAAAGUAGAAACCAAUAAUCUGAUUGCUGGCGAGGCAAUAUAUAGGGCGUGUCUUUCAAUGGACUAACCAGUGUGGCCACAACACACGGGACAGGU